AUGAACGAGCUUGCUUACAGCUUUUCCCUGACCACCUUUUCUCCGUCGGGCCACUUACGUCAAAUAACCUAUGCAUUGGCGGCUGUUGAUGGAGGAAGGCUCUCAAUAGGGAUUAAGUGCGCCAAUGGGGUUGUGUUGAUGUGUCAUAAGGCAGCAGAGAACCCUCUGGUUGAUUACCCUACUAUCAGUUUGGUAGAUAAUGUGUCUCCCAGCCUUGGUAUCACAUACAGUGGCUUCUCAGCCGAUUUUCGCAAUCUACUUAAUCUUGGUAGAAAGUCUUAUGAGCAAUACUGGAACGAGUUUCAGGAGUCCAUGCCCGUUAAUAUGUUAGCUCGUGACAUAGCAUCUACAAUGCAAGAGUACACGCAGCGGGGCGGUGUGCGCCCCUUUGGCUGUUCUGUCUUGCUCGCAGGCAAAUCUAUGGCCACUGAGCACGAGACGGAAGCAAAUGGCAGCCGUAUUAAUCCAUACAUUCUUUACCAAGUAGACAGCUCGGGAAGCUACUAUACGUGGAAGGCGUGCGCUAACGGAAACCAGUCGAGCCAGGCCCGAGAUUUCUUGGAAAAGCGGUACAACGAGUCUGUCAGUAUCAGCGACGGCAUUCUCAUUGGCUUGACCUGUCUUCAUGAGUACGUGGAUGGCGACAUCGACGGCAAGACAGUAGAAAUAGGAAUCAUUGGGGAUGAGACAGGGGGGCAGUUCCGCCUGCUAGCCGCGGAUGAGAUCAACACUUAUGCCAGGCAAGUGAAGUGA